AUGAACACGUCCACCGACUCCAUCUCCCGGGAAUUGUUGUGUAGGGACGCCAGGAUAGGCCGUGGGGCGGACAACUUUGGAGGCUCGUACAAAUCCAGGAACAGCUCAGGGAACCAGGUCACUAGGGAUGACCUGAAUUACAACUUUCAACCCAAAACCAAAGAAAAAGAGGGUGCCGCCGAAGGUGACGACAAGGGCAAAGGUCACCGCAAGAAGAAACCCAAACACAUGGCCAACAGCCGCAAAAGCCAGCAGAUGAAGGGCCGAAAGUUCGUCAUGCUCGACACAACAUCUGACAUGGAGGGCUUAGAAUCCGCACUCGAGGCGGUUAAGAAACAAACCACCGAACUCUCCCAGCAUUAACCAGCAGGCAUCUACCACAGCGAUCGUUGGCGCCGCCCAGUCUCAAGUCACCAUAGCUGUAGCCCCGUCGGCGCCUUCACUCCCGCCACCACCCCCACCUCCACCACCCUCUGUCGCUCCCGCCCCCGCUCCUCCACCGCCACCCCCAAAGAAGAAAGGCAAGAAAGGCGAGCCGGAGAUCAUCGAGAAGCCCCCAGUGGAGACUGCCAGCAAGGAGUCGCAGACCGAGAACAAGAAAAGCAAGCUCCGCUCCAUGUUCUGUCCUUUCUGCCGCCUGGCCGUGGAGUACGGCUUUGAGUACUGAGACGUCUCACGGAUCUGGCAAACGGAGAACUUCAAACCACGCACUCGGGGAAAAAAGAGCCAAAAAAAAUGGAAGAAAAGCUGUAAUUAUUUUAAGUAGGCCUUUUACUUUAGGUGAAGAAUAUAUUUAGUAUACCAAAAAAUUUGGCUCUAAGAUAGGAUUGGGAUCUUAACUAUUAUUUGGUAUUCUCCUAAAUGGGCUGUCAGCAGUAGGAUAAAUUGCAUUGUAUAUAUAUAUAUA